UUUGCUUAGGACAAUAGCAAUUAGAUGGUCUAGGGUUUCAUCUGAGAUCUUGGUCUUCCAUAGCAAAUAGCAAGAUCUUCAUCGCUCUACUUCAAAGUUUUGCAAAAUUUCAACGAUAAGGAGGUACUGUUUGAAGUGUUUAUUGAGCUGCAAUUCUGAUUGAAUUUGAAUCAGGUACGGUGGUUUUGGAAUGCGAACAGGUGGAAGGUAUGGCUAGCCACGAUGAAUCCGGGAAAAAAUCAAAUGAAAAUGAAAUGCCAACCUUCAAUGCUGAGAAUUUGCAAAGCAACAUGAAAGUCGUAUACUACUGUCGAACAUUUAUGUCGAUCAUCGGUGGAGUGAUUGCUGGAAUAUGUGGAUUUACAGGCCUCAUGGGGUUUGUGGUUUAUGUACUGGUCAUGGCAAUUACAUCGGUGUGUCUAACAGCCCGGGCGGGUUUUUCCAUCCAUUCAUAUUUUGACAGCUGGAACAGGGUUCUAUUGGACGGAUUUCUCGGCGGGCUUUUGUCGUUCGUGCUGUUCUGGACAUUUGCUUAUGAUAUCGUGCACAUCUUCUAAGCAAACGCGGUUCAGUCUUUGCUUUCGGGUGCCUUUGUGUUUGGUUUCCCAAGUUACAAAAAGAGGGUGGUGUCUAGAGCUCAGAUUUAAGGGUUUUAAUUUCUUGUAAUUUUUGAAUUUUAUUUUUGUUUUUAGGACAAACAAUUUGAUUCACAUUAUGAUGAGGAUUUUAACAGUUUAUAUAUUGUGGAGAGAUUUUGGUGAAAUCA